AUGCAAACAACACGCUCUCGAACACGGGAUCUGAAGUCCUUCACGCUCGAACUGGGUAGCGGCCUAGUGACAUUCAGUUUCCCGUCGACCCAUCGCACACGCAUCAACAUCCCACCAGGCAGUCUCUGGCGCCCUGGUGGUCACUGGCACGAGAGCUACACGGAGCACAUGCGUGUUCUUCAUGGUCGCGUCAAGUUCACGAUCAACGGCACCGCGAAAGUGAUCGGUCCUGAAGACGGGGUUCAGAUCAUUCGUAAAUACGAGGUCCAUGAUUUCUGUCGCGCGGAUGGAGGCGCCGGGGAAGGGGAUGUCACGGUGGAAGAGUGGACGGAGCCUGGUAAGAACAUCGCACCCACACCCACACCCACACUCAAAAUCACCGAGCCCAGCCCAGCCCCCAACGACGGGUUCAAGCAGGUUUUCUUUUAUAACGUCCUUUCACUGUUCAAGGACUCUUUUGACCCGAACACGAAGAAGGCGAGAUUGUCGCUGGGGUUGGUCGUGCAGUUGCUCACGACAAUCGCGCAUGUCGACAAUUUCGUUGAUCCUCUGCCGUUUUUGCCGUCGACGAUGUUGGCUCUGUUUGCAGUUAAGUACUUUGUUACGCAUUCGGUGUAUGGGUUUGGGAAGGUGAUUGGGUCGAUGCUGGGGUAUCGGGUUUGGUUUGAGGAGUAUACGCCUGAAGAACUGUGGGAGGUAGCGCAGAGGGGGCCGGUGAUGCAGGAGGUGCUGGGGAGGGAGAAGAAGGAGUAGGUGGGUGUUGAAAGGGGCGGAGAGGGAUAUACAGUAUCAGAGGGCGUUCUCGACAGGAAAGGACUCAUGCCACGGUUUGGUGACAGAACUUGGAAGGACAGGAGAGUAGCGAGUUUUCGACCUUCGUGCCCGGGCGUGCAAAGGACGAUGAAUAAAGUUCAGCCUCACUUCGUAGUAUCGAGUUCGAGGCCAUCAGUGACGCUGUUGGCAGGAUUGACCUUGCUAAAUGCCGACACAUUCGUGCUGCGAGAUCAAUGAUCCGGAGCGUCUUGGGAUGUUCAUCAGAGCUUCUAAGGACGCCACUAUAUGGGUGAUGAUGAUCAAUCGGCGUGAAUGAAGUGAUGAGACGGUG